GAGAAGGAGGAAGGAAGGGAGAAGGCAGAGGAGGCAAAACGAUUGAAACUGGAAGAGUUCUGAUAAAACUUUGAAUUUCAGCUCAUUUGUCGGCCGUCCACCUGCAGACAUGUCCUCACGCUCCGAGAGCAAAGCAGCCUCACAGUUUGUGAAUCUAACUACAAAGUUGAUGGGAAGACUCCAGACUCAGUGGAGUAAGCGGCCUGAACAAAUCAAACACAUUUCAUCUGAAAGUAUAAAACGGUCAGAAAAUGACCCACAGCAGAACCAGUCUGUGGGUGUGCUAAAAGGCCAGCAGCAGGCUGUUAUCAGCUCCCUGCGGUACUUCAAAGCUCUGGUGGAUAAACUGGGUGUGGACAAAUCUGGAGGGGACAAGAGGUGUCUGGACCACUCCGUGGUGAGUGGCCUCCUGGGCGGGGCCUCCAGUCGAGUCCUGGAGGCAGUUCAAGUUCUGGCCCAGCUGGAUCCACAUCUGCAGAACAAUAAGACCAUCUCAGGCUGUCUCGCUCGCCUCAACCACUCUCUUGCUCAGCUGAUUCACUGGGUGGAUAAGGUCAUGCUGCAGAGUUUCUCCUGCAACAACAAAGACUCGGCAGAGAGUGUUACCACAGUGAUCAGGGCGGUGCUGGACAGCGUAAAGGAACUGGUCAAACUGGCUACAGUAAAACUAGAAGGUAGUGUCCCAGUCUCCCCAGUCCAAUCAGAACCAAAAUGGCUGGAUGACCAGGACAAAUCAGACGUCAGGUUAACCGGCAAGAGUCCUGCAAAGGAUGAUGGGAUAUCUAAAGUGGAAGUAAGAAGCGAGGAAGAGCAUCUUGCUUUAGCUCCUCCCAAACCGCCCAUGCCUGUCCACCACGUGGUUGCACCAGGAUUACAGAGUCCUCCAGCUCUCCCACCUAAAAAGCGUCAAACAUCAACGGCGCCUUGCCCAUCUCCAUGCAGGGUUGCUAUAGUGGCACCAAUGAGACGAGAGACUGAUGCAGUAUUGGAGCAGGAUGACAGCUGUCUGAAACGUCUCUCUUCCUCUGCAAACUCUGAUGACGAUCCGGAUUACGAGUUUCUCCACACGGAUCUGUCCUCCUCUGAACAACUUCCCAAUGUUCCUCUGGCUACCUUGUGUCCUGCCCUGCCAGAAAAGAGGCAUCAGAUCAACACAGGUCCAGAACUUGAGUCUUCACCUCUGUCCCCUGUUAAGGCACCUCCGCCCCUUCCUGAGAAGAAACAUCACAUCCAUCAGUACCUGCAGCUCUGUCUGCCCUACAACGAUGAGUCUGCAGCCAUGUUCUAUCAGAGACACAACAGCAGGCAGCCGGAGAUGGACACUACCCAACAGUCAGACGUUCAUCCGUCCAAUGACUCUACCCCUCAAGUUCAACCCCUCUCUGCUCCUGCACUACCACCAAAGAAGAAGCAGCAGGAGGAUUCCUCUGAUAAAGAGACUGAAGACAUUGAGAGCAGAGACACUGAUGAAAGAGUAAAUCAGGAGACGGAGCUCAGCCUCCAGAGCAACGAGGAGGAACAGGUGGAGGAGAUGCUCCUGACCGACCAGGAAGAGAUCUACACCAGGAUCACACUGAAAACUGAAGAUGAAGAUGGACCAGAAGUGAAGGCUGCCUCUCCUGAAAUAUUAUUGGUUCACGCAUCAGAGCUCAGCAGCAGCGAGGACGAGCUGUUUUGUGAGGCCUUCCUCUGCACUUACCGAAGCUUCAUCAGUCCAGACAAAGUCAUCCACAAACUGCAGCACAGAUACAGACACCUUUGUCAGGAACAGGAGCCUGGGUACGUGGAGGCGGCUAAAAACACUUUCCAGCUGCUGGUCAGAGUGGUAGAUGAGCUCAGUCCCGUCGAGCUCGAGCCUGAUCUGCUGCUUCUCCUGGUGGACCUGGUGUUCAGCCUUCUGACUGCUGGGAAGCUGGGACUGGCUCACCUCCUGCACUCCAAAUUCCUGUCCAUAAUAGACAAGCGUUGGAAGCUAACCGGCUCUCCUAGUUCAUUCUGCCCUCUUGCUGCCAGAGGUGUUGCUGCCAGACCUGGAACGCUGCUGGAUUACAGGAGUCAGGAUUUAGCCGAGCAGCUGACUCUGCUGGACUCUCAGCUGUUCUACAGGAUUGAGCUUCCGGAGGUGUUACUGUGGUCCAAAGAGCAGAAUGAGGAGAAGAGUCCCAACUUGACAAAGUUUACUCAACACUUCAACAGUGUCUCCUUCUGGGUUCGUUCAGUCAUCAUCCUUCAAGAGAAAGCUCAGGACAGAGAGAAGCUGCUGCUGAAGUUCCUGAAGAUCAUGAAGCACCUGAGGAAACUGAAUAACUUCAACUCGUACCUGGCCGUCUUAUCCGCGCUAGACUCUGCUCCCCUGAGACGUCUCGACUGGCAGAAAAAUACUACUGAGAGUCUGGAGGAAUUGAGCUCCUUGAUUGACAGCUCGUCUUCUUUUAGAGUCUACCGAGCAGCUCUAGCUGAGGUGGAACCUCCCUGCAUACCUUACCUAGGGUUGAUUCUUCAGGACUUGACCUUUGUUCACCUGGGGAACCCUGAUAAUGUGACGACAUCUCAAGGUUCGAAAGUGAACUUUUGUAAACGCUGGCAGCAGUUCAACAUCCUCGACACUCUCAGAAGCUACCAGCAAGUGGCCUACUCUCUGCAGCCUGACAGUGACAUCAUUUCCUUUUUCAAUGACUUUAAUGAUCACCUGGCAGAGGAGGCUCUGUGGGAGCUCUCCCUCAGGAUCCGCCCCAGAAACACUCCUCGGGCCAACCAGAGAUGAGCGCUUGUGGACUGGAACCCUGAUGUUCUGCAAUGGAGAUGACCACGCCGACAUAUCAAGGCACAAACUGGUUUACAUGGACGGUCGUCAUCGACAGCAACAGCUUGUAAAAAAAGAAGAAAAAAUUCUGCCUGGUGCUACCCUGAACUCUACUAAAGUCACAACUGCCCUAAGGGGUGGAUAUGGGCUGUCUGUAGGGGAAAAAUGUUCAUGCACAUUUUUCUACGGGCAUGUUGCAUUCAACAGGUUGGAGCGAACACUUAUACACCACACAAAUGGUGACACGCAGGUGUGUCAUACUGAUUAUUUUUCAACUCCCCUUAAAUCCUGCUGAUUGCACAAGAAGCUGUUGUUCAUGGAUAAGUGGAUCCUGGAAAUUUGAAAUUAGGAAAUUGAACAAUCAGAGAGUGGUUUGUGUGGUCAAUCUACGGGCGUCCUCUGGGGACUUGCGUAGUAUGUUCACACCCGUGCAUUUCAGAGCUGAGUCUUCCAAAACUAUCCUCGGUAAUAUGAACUAUUUUAUGUUUCUAACGUCAUCCUGUUAUAUAUGCAUUUUAUUUUUUUGAGCAAUUCCAUCAUAAAUGGAUCAACAGACUGAAUUCACUACAAUUGUACAUAUUGUAAAAACAAACUCUCUGUGUGCAAUUCUCCUGCCACUGCAAUAACAGCUGCAACAAACAUUAAAGCACAACUCAUUAAACUUGAAAA